AUGGGAAAGCAACAAGCUUCAAUUGAUGGAGUGCAAAAGAGACAUAAACUCAACCCCGACAAGGAUGUGAGAAUAGGAGGUGAAAGUAUGAAUAUCAUUGGAUAUGAGUUAAAUUAUGACCCAUCUCAAAUUUACUUGGCUGGAAAAAUAUACUUUAAAGAUGGCAAAGAAAGGAAGGCUCGAUUUUUUAAGUUCGAAAAUUCGCAGGAAGAGUUAGCUAAGAAGAUAUUUACCCGAACUUCCAAUUUAACUUAUCAUAAGGGGUUCUUGAAGCCUUACUUUGUGAGUUAUUAUGAACCACAAGAUAUUUGGAUUUUGUGCUACCCUCAAUUCGAUCAACUUCUAGGCGAAAUGAUGGAUGAGGAUUUUGUAAUGCCAAUGAGAACUGAGAUUUCUCAUAUUCUAUCUCCUUGGUGGUGCGAUGCAAUUCGGUACUGUACAUUCAUCGAGAAACUAGAAAAACAUCCACUUUUAAUGACUUCGAAGGAAAGAAUGCAGUCCUUUUUUGAAAUAAGGGUCUCUGUAAAUGAAAGUAAGUUGAAGAGAAUAUUAGAUGGUAGGGCAUUCCAUGAGUAUAGAAAGUGGAAUAAUAAAAUUGAAGAUAUGGCUCCCUUCAAAAAAAUUUAUGAAGAUCCGAACAAUAAAUAUGAUGGUGAUUGUGUAUGGGACCUUCUAGAAUUUUUGAAAGAUGUAUAUCUUGAUUGUCGUGAGCAAACCUUUGAAGCUGUGGAUGCUGAGGUCGAAAGAUUGUAUCCCAGCUUCUUGAAUCAGAUUCAUACCAUCUCUUGA